CGAUAUUGUUAAGGAUUUGCGAACAGCUGCCGUUAGGGCUUAGGGGCCAGCCAACGUGCUAGGCUACGGCAGGCUGUGGCGCGAUUGCAAACGCAGUACAUUAUCACAAGGCGCUAGCUAACACUCUUCAUUGCAUUUCCACUUGCUGCACUGGCAAGCGUGGUGGACUUGAAAGGACGUUAGGAUGGUUGGUCCCUCAAACGUCUUUCCACGAUCACGCUGCGUGACGACCUCUGCUUCACCAUCUAGUGUUUGAACCUUUUCUUCAAACCCGCUGUUUACCAUCUAUUAGCGCCGCCGUUGGCAUAACGUGGGGCCGCCGCCUGCGUACUGUAAACAAGGCGCUGUGGUCGUUCAUGGCCUUGAUUUUGUUACUAGCAAGUCGCGGCGUAAAGCAAACUACUUAUCGUGGUGCUUGCUCGCUUCCAGCGUACUGGUCCAGCCUGAGCUUACUACAAUCCGGCAAGGAGCCUGCGUUGGACACUUGUGGUCUUAAUCCUUUAACGGCGUCCGUUGUUCGCCGUUCGUCGUCUUCCAGCUUGGGUUUGGACCAGUUUACUUCCUUGACAAACGUCAUGACGACGCUUCGCCCAUCGGCAUUGCCCUCGGGGCGUAAGCGUCAGGCGACGCCGUCCAGCCCUAGCUCUGGCGCGAGCGACAUCCAGGACAUCGCCGGAGAUUCGCAGCUUCCAUCUUGCAGGCAGCACUCGGACCUUGAAACCACCACCUCAUUCCAACGGCGGCCCCAUGAGCAUCAGGACCAAGCGAAAAGCGCCAAGCGGCGAGCCGCAGAGGCUUUGCUGGCAGUGCGCUUUGGCGGCCCGUCCGCACCCUACUUGCCGCACGUGCCUUCCCAACAAUCCCUGUCCAGCGGAACGUGCAAAGCCUCGGCCGCCACCGCAGCCCCUGCCGCCUGCGGAUGCUGCGGCCCCCGCAGCAGCAGCGGCCAGGUCCGUGGCGUUUGCGGCGGCGCCUCCUGCGCUUCGGACGACUCCUCGGCCCGCCUUCCCGGCUGCUGCCGCCGCUCUAGCAGCCCGGAGGAGGGUAGCCUAGGACCUAGCAGAGCUGCUGGCAGCGGCAUCAGCGGAGGAGGAGGAAAGGGAGGGAAAGGAGUGGGAGACAGCGGCGCCAGCUCAUCCCACGCACUUGGGCUGCCCACAAGCCGUCCGCAGCCGCCGUCCUCCUCCAGCCCGACAUUAGCAACCCUAGCCAAGGGCAUGUCUACCACCACCACAACUGCCACAACCAACUCGGCCACUCCAAAUCCCAACCAACAGAAACAACAACAACAACAACCAAAACACUCCUCACCACGUCAAUUCCACAACUCCCACCACCACUCCCCACAUGAGCCUCCGCCGGCCAAGCGCGCCCGUCUUGCCUUGGCAGCUGCCACCAGCCUCGGCAAACCACCCGCAGCGGCCGCAGCUGCAGCAGCAGCGGCCGCUAUAGGCGGCACAGGUACCACCACCACAGCAGCAGUAGGCGGCACUGCUGCUGCUGCUGCAGCGGGGCCUAAGCAGCCUCCUCCCCGCCCUCCGCCCAUCACCGUCCCAGCAUGCGAUCCCGCACGCGGCUGCAAGGAGCGGUUGUUGCAGGGGCAGGAGCACGCAGCGGCGCUGACGGGUGCGGAGGCAGCUGCAAAGGCGGCGGCUAGGGCCGCUGCUGCCCCCAAGACCAAUGGAGCUACUACUGCUGCUGCUGUCACCGCUACUGCUGCUGGUGCAGCUACGGCGGUAGUGGGUGUUGCGAGUAGUGGACAAGGGGGGGCAACAGUAGCAGCAGCAGCUGCUGCAAGUGCUGCUACUGCAGCAACAGCCACAGCAGCCACAGGCCCCGUGUGGUGCAGUUUUGACGUGAAGGUGCCCUCAGGUAUCCGCUGGCAGGCGGUGUUUGGGGAGCCGCCCUCGGCACUACAGCGGUUCAGCAUGGCAAGGGGGUACGAGAAGCUGAUCCUGCCCGAGGGCCUGGUGUCGUACGUGGUGGAGAACCCCCGUCGUGUGGAGGAUGCGCUGCAGCGGCUGCGGGCCAGCAUGCAGGACCGUGUUAUCGCCAUCGACCUGGAGUGGAAGCCCGAGGUGGUGGCGGGUCGCACCUCCCCGGUGGCGCUGCUGCAGCUGGCCACCGCCUCCACCUGCCUGCUGCUGAGGGUCAGCUGCAUGGGCUUCAGCCUGCCCACCCCCGUCGCCGAGUUCCUGGCCGACCCCUCGCUCGUCAUCCUGGGCUUCGGCUGGGACACCGCGGAUGAGGCCAAGAUGGCCGGCACCUUUGGCAUGGGUCGGGCGCGCUUCCACUCCUUCCUGGACCUGCAGCAGGUGGCGGCAGACCUGGGGUACCACAGCUACGGACUGGCACGGCUGGCGGAGCAGGUGCUGGGCCUCCCCAUGAACAAGGCCAAGUCCGUGUCUCGCUCCAACUGGGCGGCACCCAGCCUCAACAACCACCAGCUCAAAUACGCCAGCCUCGAUGUGUUCACCGCGGGGCAGCUCUUCCGCGCGCUGCGGCUGUGGCACUCCUCGCCCAGCCCCUGCGCCGCCUGCCGCAACCCCAUCGGCGAGCUGCUGCAGCUGGGGCCGCUGCACUGCGGAGAGCCCUCAUGCAACGCCCGACCCGCGACGGACCUGAUGCGGUACAUCAACCACUGCACGUCGAGAGGACACCCACCCAGGUACGGCACCUGCUCCUCCUGCGGCCGCAUCCACGAGUUCGCAGCUGCAGCUGCAGCCCGGCAGCAGCAGAAGCAGCAGAUGCAGCAGCAGGAUGGGGAGAAGGGCAAGGGGGGCGCGGACAAGGACAGCAAGUGAGGGGCCGCAGCAACGGCAGCAGCUGUGCACAGCGUCGGCAGCAGCCGGGUAUAAGCGACUGGGGUGACGACCGCUAAGUGCACAACAACUCGAUACUGUGGUGGCAAGACUGCGUUCAAGGGUUUUCAUGUGGCUUGGUUAUAGUAAGCUCCUGUAAAUGCGCGACUGAAGGGUUUGAUGGCUAGCGAGAAGAGUAUACCAUGCGUGGUGGGGACAUGUCUAGUCCCUUGGGGCUUGGGCACCUCGGCUGAUUAUGAGGUGGACAAGGAGUUCGGGAGGGAUGUGGUCUCAGGGUGGCGUGCGGUGAGUAGGUGCUGGUGGCUGUGACCUGCUAAACACGUGGGGGCAGUGGCUGGCGGGGUUGUGGCGCGUUGAGGGCCCCUUAGAACCACACUGGCUGCUGGCACCGUCGACGUGGUGGACAGCAUGUGACGCAUCUAGGCAUGUAGGCUGUAGGGGAGAUUGGUGUGCUGCAGCGCAGGCCGUUGUGGUUGUUGGGACUUGGGACCGCUGCAGCGUGGGGGCGCAAUCGUUCCUAUCGCGUGGAGUAAAGGAAUUGAGAAGGGGCUCCUGCUCCUGUUGGUGCAUGCGGCAUGGAUGGAGCUGUGCCUCUACCGGCUUUCCAAACGGCGCAAACUUGGCUUAAUGGGUUUUUUUACGACGGGUGCACGCCGUAUAUGUAGUACGGGAACGGUGAAAGAAGUUGAAUCCAAGCUGGAGACCUGGCGGGGUGCCUGGGCGUGCGGAUGACGGGUGGUGGGUGUGCCGAUGUGGUAAAGGUCGCGGCUAGAAGGAAGGAAGGAGGGAGGGAAGGAGGGUUACCGGUAGUUGCUAUCAUGUUAUGUGGACAAGGGGUCGUUAAGGGACCAGCCUAGAGCGAGCGGCCCAAGCAGCCUCCUGUGAUUGGAUGCCCCUGUCUCAAGGGCAGGGUAAGAAGAUAAGGAAACAAAAGGGAAAGAACAAGGAGGAGGAGAAGAAGAACGAAGAACAAAGGAUGAGACGGAGGAGCGGAAGGAACAGAAGAGAGGGGCGAGCCAGCCUCCCGAGGCGAGCUGU